UUUAGAUCUUGUCUUCCUCCCCCCUCUCCCUUUCAUCUUCUACAACAUGCGUCCUUCGACCAGGUCCCACAGGAGUUCAUCUCCGCGUCGCAAAGCUCUCCAUCCAUACCAGCGCCCGUUACCUUCAGCUCCUGCAGCACAACCAUCAGCCUCGGAUACGAAGCAGAAGAGUUUGAACAAGCAAGAUAAGCGUCACGUAUCUGAUACUUCUGUUCAACUCCCCGCAACAGAAACAAGCUCUCCGCAAGGAUGUGGGAAAAGGAAGAAGAAGAAUAAGAGAAAGAAGAACAGAAAUUCCCGUGCCAUGCAGUCAGAUGCUAUAAAAAGUUCCUAUGCGCCACCCACCAGUCCCUUCAGUCCUUCAAAACCUCUUCAGACCAAAUGUGGCACACAAAUCACCCCUAUAAUAUCUCAGUCAGAGGUAUCAGAGGUCGCUUUUUUACCCCCCAAGCAGAACACACACCUUGCAUCUUCGCAACCAUCGUCGAAUGCCGGGCCUGUCAGUGACAAGGUCCGUGCGAUCAACCUCGAUCGCGACAUUGUCCGUCUCCGUGAAGAAGCGCAAAAGCGUGAGGCUAUGCAUUUAGAGCUUUCCAAGGCGCAUGAAGAAGCUGAAAGGUUGAGAGGAAAAGUCAAGAAUCUUACAGAACGCGAAGAUGAACUGAAGGCAAGGGUGGAAGAAUUGCAAAGAACUGUCGAAGCCAACAACAAAAAGACGGAGAUUUUGGAUACAGCUAUGCAACAACAUAACAGUACCAAGAAAGAUUUGACGGAAGCUCUUACCUGUACGGUAUGCUUCGAAAUAUUAAAAGAUCCUUACAUGCUCUCAUGCGGGCACAUGGCUUGCAAAUCCUGCUUGUUCAGUUGGUUCCGCUCGCCUGGGGCUUAUCGACGCCCGCCUACCACAAUAACCUCCACGUCUAAUCUCUCUUAUUACACCAAGAUUUGCCACAUGUGCCGUUGUAUCAUUGUGCGCCGCCCCACCCGCGUAUUCUUUUUGCGCAGCAUCCUUGAACCCCUUGGUUUACAUCAAGACAAUCCCUCACCUCUCCUGGCCUCGCAUCCCUCUGAAUCGCCUUCGUCCACCGCUUCCGAUCCUUGGAAAUUCAUAUUCCCGCCUGAUCCAACAACCUACAAAUUGCAUGAUGAUGUUGACCAAUGUUUACGUUGCCCUGAAUGUAUGGGAGAGAUUGAAGAUGGGAACUGUUCUACGUGCGGCAAUAAUUUUAGCAGUGACAGCGAAAUGGAAGGUCAAAGUAACGAAGAAUUUGACGACUUCUACGAAGAAGACUUUCUGUACGAUGAAGAAGAUGAAAAUAGCGGAGGAUUCUUUGGACAACGCUUUUUUGAUUUCCAUCCUCAUCUGGCGACUAUCUACAGUCAGCGUCACGCACUUGGCCAUGAUUCUGGCGAUGAUCAAUCCAACUCAGGCUCUGAUCCAAGUUCCCAGGAGGACGGACCGCCUGAUCAUGUUGAUGGUGGUAAUAUAUCUGUGGAUACGGACGCCAUCACGGAUUCGGAGGGAUACGAAGAUUCUUUCAUAGACGAUGAGGAAGAGGGGAGUUGGUCUGGAGACAACAGCGGAGAUAGUGACGUGAUACCUUUAGGGGACGAAGAUAGACCCACGAGAGGAGGUCCUCCACCUAGGGUGAGAAGCGUUACGAGUGAGAAUGAAGAUGAGAGUGAUCAGCCUGUUUUUACGGGUAGAACGCGGCGCAUGGCUGGCAGGGUUGUGUCGGAUAGUGAAUAGAAACUCAUUGAUCUCUGGCGCUGGAUGGCUAUGAUUAUCCCAGAAUUCACCAUGUGCCGUCGUAGGCUGCAUUGAUUUAUGUUAUACUCUCUAGCUCUUUCUGCGAUUCUGGGCUACGAUCUCCACCCGGUUGGCCAGUGGCCGGCUGCUGCGGGCUCGGGUUGUGGCCGGAGUCGCGUCAUGACAUCUC